AUGAUAAAGAAUAAAUUAACAAAUAAACAACGUUAUUGGAAACCAAGUGCACCAGAAUGGGCAACAUGUUUAAAUCUAUUGAAUGAUAAAGUGGAAGUUGAUCGUAUUCAAUCGUUCAAGAGACCUACUAACAAUGGAUUUCUGGUGGGCCCAAACAAUGAUAGUGCCAAAGCAUCGCUUGCUGGUCGUCUUUUGAUGUUGCUGGUGACACAUCGUCUGACCGGUCUAGACUUGAAAUCGAUAAGAUUCGAACGUCUCUCCAACGGAAAACCAUACUUGGUCAACAAGAUAGAACAUACCUACCUUUUCAAUGUAUCGCAUGAUGGUGACUAUACUGUGAUCUACGCUGUCUAUGACUGUCCUGAGAGUCUAUCAAUCGGUGUCGAUACAAUGAAAUCUGAAAUACCAAGAUCUCAAAAUCCAAAUGAAUUCUUUGAAAGUAUGAAAUCAUGUUUUACAAAUAGAGAAUGGUUAAGUAUAAGAGAUAGUAAACAGAGUUCCGACGUACAAACAAACAGGUUCUUUAGACAUUGGUGUUUAAAAGAGAGUUUUGUUAAAGCCAUUGGUGUUGGUAUUGAAUUAGAUUUACAAUCAUGUGAAUUCAUUAUCAAUGAACAAGAUAAUCAAGUGAAAAUCAAUAUAUUUGAUGACAAAUACUUUGAUUCCUAUACACACUUUGUGUUACUACCCAAUCUUCUACCUAAUCAUAUAGUUGCACUCUGUCACUACGAAGAGAUUCCAAUAGACAAUCAGAAACCCAAUGUAAACCAUCAAUAUGAAAUUGAAACUUUGACAGCUCAACAAUUAAUAGAUGAACUAACAACAAAGUAA